UGUUCUGGACAUUGAACAUAAAUGGAAUCAUACACUUUUUUAAAAAGAUGGGAUAGCCUGCAGUGAGGAGCUUGUGUGAGUACCUGGUGACUCCUUUCUAGACUUUCUGUUUCAAUAGAGCAUAUAACUCAGUUUUACAAACAUCAUUGAUUUCUCUUUCCUCUCCACAGGUGUAGAGAAUAUCCAGGUAGUGGCUGCAGUUCUGCCUCUGGUCUGGCUACCAUGUAUCAUGGGCGAAUUACUGGUAAAGGGCCCCUGACUCCAGCGCAGAUUUACCAGCAACCUCCGAGGCUUCUCAUUGUGCAUAUUCCUCUACCAUCCUGGGCUGACAUCUGCUCCAACCUCUGUGAGGCUCUGCAGAACUUUUUCUCUGUAGCCUGCAGUUUAAUGGGCCCCAGCCGAAUGUCCCUCUUCAGUUUAUACAUGGUACAAAAUCAGCAUGAGUGCAUCCUUCCAUUUGUGCAAGUGAAAGGGAACUUUGCUAGGCUGCAGGCCUGCAUCUCAGAACUCCGCAUGUUACAGAGAGAAGGUUGUUUCCGACCACAAGGUACUUCCCUUCAACUGGCGGUAGAAAAUGGGCUCCAGCAGUUCAACCAGUACUGCAGACAUGUCACCACAGGUGCCGCUCUGGCCUGCACUGCCCUGGAGAUUUCUAUUCUGACUUCCCAGCCUGGAAGAGAAUUGGUCAAACAAUUGGAGGAAGGAUUGAAAGAUACAGACCUAGUCAAGGUCAGGAGACUUCAGGUGGUUGAGAUCGUAAAGGAAACCCUAGGGUGUAUGGACUCAGCAUCCCCUGUUGAAGAGUCCAGCAGUGAUGAGAGUUCUUUCCUGGGAACUGACAUUGACCUUCAGACUGUAGACAAUGAUGUUGUCAGCAUGGAGAUGCUCUUCAAAGCCUGGCUACAUAACAGUGGAACAGACCGAGAACACGUUCACCUUCUGCUUCCUUCACAGUCUUUCAACAAGAUUUCCAGAGCCACAGAUAAUCCAAUGUGCCUGAAAUGUGAUCUCCAAGAGCGACUUCUCAGCCCAUCUCUGCUCCCUGGCACAGCUGAUGGCUCCUUGAAAAUGGAUGACCCCAAAGGAGACUUCAGCACACUCUACCAGAUGGCCUCCCAGUCAUCGGCCUCUUAUUUCAAGCUCCGAGUGAUCAAGGCUCUCAAAUCCAGUGGGAUCUGCGAAUCAGUGACAUACGGUCUCCCAUUCAUCCUCAGACCCACAAGCUGCUGGCAACUGGACUGGGAUGAGCUGGAGACGAAUCAGCAGCAUUUCCAUGCUUUGUGUCACAGCCUGCUGAAAAGAGAAUGGCUGCUGUUGGCCAAAGGGGAGCCCCCGAGCCGAGGACGCAGCCUGAGAGAGCCUGCCAGCACCUUCUAUGUGAUCGUGCCCUCACGAUCCCCCACCCUGCUGGUGAAGGCGGUGGCCACGAGAGAACUCAUGCUGCCCAGCCCCUUUGCACUGCUUCCUGAGAACCCACCUGAUGACAGCCUUCAGGUUGUGGAGAACGUACUGGACCUCCUGGAGCUAGAGCCCACCUACAACCCCUUACAGGUUUGGAGUCACCUGUACUCACACCUGAGCAGCACCUUUGCCAAGCCUCAGGGCCGUCACCACCCAAGCUGGGAGAGCCGGGCCCUGAGAAAGCAUCCCUGCAAGGCUGGGCAGUUGCAAACAAAUCGAGUUCGAGCUACGGUGGCCCCUCUACCUAUGACUUCAGCCCCUGGCAGAGCCCCCAAGGUGCCAGCAGCCAGCAAAGCCUCCUCAGAAGCCAUCUUCCAGCUUUCUGAGGAGGAGGAAGAGGAGGAGGAGUACCCCUCAGGGCCUUAAGUAACCAGCACCAGAGCCUGGCCGCCCUGCUCAACCACAUCCAUGAUAGGGCUCACCCGAUGGUGUUCUGAGGCCAGGUUUGCCUUCCAUCCACCUGAGCCUCGGUGAGCUCUAGGUGACUGAGAAACAGCCUUCCCCUCCUCUGUCCCCAGUCCUGCCACCACCCCACUCAGCCUGGGAAGAGGCACAAGAACCAAGCCUCUUGCUUCUCCAAGCAGCAAGUUUUCUUUUGGGUCAUUUGAUACUGUUAACACAGAUGAAGAUUAAACACCCAGUAAACCAACACCAUUGUUAGGAGCAUUUCCAGCCCUGAAUUUCUCCUUGUAGCUCUAUGUAAGCAGGUGGAUGUCAUAUAACCUCCAGGAAACUGGGCCUCAAUAAACAAGGAUAUUUUCAGA